AUGGAAGAGGUGGAGAGGAAGGUGAUGGCCGCCAAGCCGUGGAAGGCGCCCGGGGACGAUGGCCUGCCGGCGAUGGUGUGGAAAGAGCUGUGGCCAGUGGUCAAGGAACGCGUGCUGCACCUGUUCCGACUAUCACUCGGAAGCGGCGAGCUUCCUGAGCAGUGGAGGAGCGCGAGGAUCAUCCCGCUGAAGAAACCCGACAAGGAUGACUACACGGCGGCGAGAGCCUGGCGACCAAUCUCCUUGCUCUCAACGCUGGGCAAGGUGCUAGAGGCGGUGGUCGCGGAGCGCGUAGCGUAUGCGGUCGAGACGCAUGGCUUGCUACCGGCCAACCAUUUCGGCGCGAGAAAGAGGCGCUCGGCGGAACAAGCGCUCAUCCUCUUGCAAGAGAACAUUUAUAGAGCGUGGAGGAUGGGCAAGGUGCUCAGCCUGGUGAGCUUUGAUGUCAAGGGAGCAUACAACGGCGUGUUCAAGGAGAGGCUGCUGCAGAGGCUAGCGGCGAGAGGUCUGCCUGGGGAGCUGGUUCGGUGGGUGGAUGCAUUCUGCUCCGAGCGGACGGCCAGCAUCGAGGUCAACGGGUACCGCUCCCCCCAGAAACCACUUCCACAGGCGGGCCUGCCGCAGGGGUCUCCGCUGUCGCCAAUUCUCUUCCUCUUCUUCAACGCGGACCUUGUGCAGACGAGCAUCAGCACGACGGAGGGCGCGAUCGCCUUCGUGGACGACUACUCGGCCUGGGUGACAGGGGAAUCAGCGGCGGCGAACCGGGCCGGGAUCGAGGCCAUCAUCGAACGAGCCCUGGCUUGGGCCAGGCGGAGCGGUGCGACUUUCGAGAGCAACAAGACAGCCGUUAUCCACUUCACGAGAUCGGCUAGACGGGGCAGCCAGGGCAGCUUCGUGGUUGAUGGACAGACUGUGCAACCGAAGGACACCGCCAAGGUGCUGGGGGUGGUGCUGGACGCAGAGCUCAGAUACAAGCAGCACAUUGCCGAGGCAGCUGCCAAGGGCCUGUCUGUCGCGAUGCAUUUGAGGAGACUCCGGGGUCUGUCGCCGAGGGUCGCCAGGCAGCUGUUCACAACUGCAGUGGCGCCGGCCAUGGACUACGCCUCCAACGUGUGGACACACGCUUGCGGAGAGAGGGAGACGGCCUGGUUGAGCCAAGCACAAGCAGUCGGAGCGCAGGCCGUGACUGGAGCGUUUGGAAGCGUCGCCACGGCCGUGGCUGAGGCAGAGACGAACAUUGAGCCAGUGCUUCAGCGACAUACCAGGGCUGCCGCCAAGACGUGGAUUAGCCUACGCACCCUUCCGAGGGAACACCCGCUGGCGAGGCUGAGCAUGAGGAUAUGUCAACGGUUCACGUCGCCGAUGCAGAAGAUGGCCAUGCGGUAUAGGGACGAAACAGGGGAACGGCUGGAAAAGAUACGAGAGUACGCCAUGGCACCGUGGGAGAGCCGAAUCCGCGUCGCGUGCGGUGUGGACCGAGACGAAGCAGCGGAGGCUGCAAGCGCGGCCCGAGGCUUGGUGAUCUCGACGAGCUCUUCGGAGAGGGGAGGAUUGGUUGGUAUGGGUGGCUACGUGGAGUAUGUGACAGCAAAGGGCAAGAGGGAUAUGUUGGCCCGGUUCUCGGUCACGCUAGGCCCACGUGAGGAUCUAAACCCGUACACGGCCGAGCUGGAGGCAAUGACGUGGGCAUUUCGAAUUAUGACCAGCACGUAUCGCGAAUGGCGCACUGCUGCUCCGAAGAUUCUGCGGUCCGAAACUCUCACUGUCGACCAUCGCGAAAGCAGCUAG